UCGGCUGGACCCAGAUCCUCCGACAGGUUUUCCGGUAAUUGUGAGACGGUGCCUUGACACUGGCAUCAACGCCGUGAACGCUGUGUGCAUGACUCGUUCGAAUUCUCGGAUGUACCGGCAAAUAUUGCAUUGAACCGCGAGCAAACCCUUGUGCUCAGUUCGUUUGCAUCACAAAGCUGAGAUGGUCUUUGGUCCGCCUCCACAUCACUCAGUCGGUGGUCUGCUGUGACUGCAACUAAUGUGUGCAGCCAGCCUUCCCGACGGAAUGAGAAGGAACGGCGUCUAUAAAUCUUUGUCAGUCUUCUCAUGCAUUAUCGUGUGUGCGUUCUUGCUUCUAUUCUGGCUCUUCGUAUUUUACUCGAUGCUCAAGGCUCCGUAAAGUGUGAAGACGAUUGUAGCUAAGCUAAGCUAAGCUAACUGGGGUGCCUUGACAGCUACCCAGAGUCCUUUGCGCUGUUGACGUCUUCCGUGCUGGAGCGGUCAACCAGGAAGUCCCUUCUGGUGAGUUUGUGUUGAGAACCUCCUUUUCUUUGGCCGUCUAUUAGGCAUCAUUUGAUUUGUGCGAUAUGCCGUUGGUUAAUCCUGUUAAUCUGUUUUCAGUGUCAUGCAAGUUUACGGUGGUCUGACUUGCGCUGUUUUGGUUUAUGUCAUUCUGCUCAUAUUCAAGCCUCUAACGCUCCUCUCCGUAUUUACAACUCUAGGCUGAGUGACUACUUAUCAAGUACUGGUUAUGUAUAUUGUACGGAAUAAUGCUAAUAAGGACGGAGCGAGUGCAGGCUGUUACCCAUGAGUGAAUUGUCUACCAUACUUCCUGAGAACAGCUCGGUGCACACGUGCCUCUCCUGAAUGGCUUGUUGUUAGUCAUGUCCUGUACAAGUAUUUCAUGUUCUCAGUCUUGCAGCCGUUAUUUUACAGUUCAAGUUAGAUCUCACUGGGAGGACAACCAAGUCACAAUGUCUGGCGACAGCAAUGAAGCAGGGUCCUCCUCAGUUGAAGAAGACGCCAGGCUUCAGUUUGCCCCUUUCAGUAGUGCAUUGGAGGCUGGAUUCUGGCAUCAACUUACCCAAAAGAAACUCAAUGACUACAGGUUGGAUGAGAGUCCUAAAUGCAUCAAAGGAUACUACUAUAAUGGGGACCCAGUUGGUUUACCAACCCGUCUGACUUUGGAGUUCAGUGCGUUUGAUGUGGAUGGUGCGACGCCUGUUCGUUGUUGUCCAGUCAUGGGAAAGCUGUACAACACCAACACACUUGAUGCAUUUAAGACCACAGAUAAGAAAGGUCUGUUGGAGAAGGAGGCUGAGCAGAUGUGGGAAUUAAUUCAGUCUGGCUCUGCCCUGAAAGACCCUUCUGUCCUCUGCAGAUUCAUUCUGCUGACAUUUGCAGAUUUAAAGAAAUACCACUUCUACUAUUGGUUUUGCUUCCCUGCACUUUGCUUCCCAGAGGGAAUCAAAAUCGUGCGGCAGCCAAUGGUCAUAGAGCAAGUCUUCUCUGAAAAACAGAUCACAGCCCUUCAGGAAGCAUACGAUGGCCUUUGUGCCAGAAGGGCUACCUCUGCUGUGCCGUAUUUCCUUCUGACAUACACAGACGACGGUGUCAGAAUGGCCUCAUUCGAUGAGUGGGGCACUUUCGCUAGAGAUAAGGUUAUUGUGGGUGUGUAUGACCCUUGCACGCUCCCCCAACAUCCUGGCUGGCCUCUGAGAAAUCUACUGGUCCUCAUGGCACACCAGCGGUGCUUUAAGAUGGACACAGUGGAGGUGCUGUGUUUCCGAGACAGAACUCUACAGGGGAGUCGUUCCAUUCAGCAUAGCCUAAUCUUUCAGGUCAAACUACCUGAACUUCCCAUUAACGCAGGGUGUCCGAAGAGCGUUGGCUGGGAGAAGAAUGCAAAGGGUGCCAUGGGACCAAGAAUGGUCAACCUCAGCGAAUGCAUGGAUCCCAAAAGGCUUGCAGAGUCAUCUGUGGAUCUCAACCUGAAACUGAUGCGGUGGAGGCUGGUUCCAUCCCUGGAUUUGGACAAGGUUGUAAAUGCCAAAUGUCUUUUGCUGGGAGCUGGCACUCUUGGAUGCAACGUGGCCAGGACCCUCAUGGGGUGGGGAGUCAGGAACAUCACUUUUGUUGACAACGCAAAGAUUUCGUACUCUAAUCCAGUUCGGCAACCGCUUUAUGAGUUUGAAGAUUGUCUCGGAGGAGGGAAGUCCAAAGCCUUGGCAGCCGUGGACCGUCUUGUCAAAAUCUUUCCUGGUGUGCAUGCAGAAGGUUUCAAUAUGAGCAUCCCAAUGCCCGGCCACCCUGUGAACUUCUCUCAAGCCACUCUGUCCCAGGCUCAGAGGGACACUGAGCACCUCGAGAAGCUUAUUUGCCAACACGACGUGGUGUUCCUGCUAAUGGACACUCGGGAAAGCCGCUGGCUACCUACAGUCAUCGCUGCAAGCAAGAGAAAGCUGGUGGUGAAUGCUGCGCUUGGCUUUGAUACGUUCGUUGUGAUGAGGCACGGCCUGAAGAAACCCACUGCCACUCCAGAUGUUACCGCAGCGGGAGACUCAUCCCCCUCCUGUUCUUCAGCCUCUUCUUCGUCCUCGACACCAGCCGGAUGUGUCCCUACUGCUGUUGGCUCGUCUUUGUUUUCCAAUAUCCCCGGACACAAGCUCGGGUGCUACUUCUGUAAUGACGUUGUUGCUCCAGGAGAUUCCACCAGGGAUCGAACCCUGGAUCAGCAGUGCACAGUAAGCAGACCUGGUUUGGCCAUGAUUGCUGGAGCUAUGGCUGUUGAGAUGAUGGUGUCCAUUCUGCAACACAGUGAAGGAGGCUAUGCAGUGGCGAGCAGCAGUGAUGACAGAAUGAAUGAACCGCCGACGUCCCUCGGCCUGGUGCCCCAUCAGAUCCGUGGUUUUCUCUCACGGUUUGACAACGUGCUCCCUGCCAGCCUUGCCUUUGACAAAUGCACAGCCUGCUCAUCCACUGUCAUCAACCAUUAUGAGAAAGAAGGGUUUGACUUCCUCGCCAAGGUUUUUAAUUCGUCUCAUUCAUUCCUUGAAGACCUCACUGGGCUGACACUGCUGCAUCAAGAGACUCAGGCUGCAGAGAUUUGGGACAUGAGCGAUGACGACAGCAUCUGAGGAGCAUCCAUCACAAACCAGAGGGAGUCGCUUCUGCCGACGUCACCGAUCAUGAGCCGCAGCCAAUGACGUAAACGUGAUCUUUGUAUCUUCUGAAGUGUGUCGUGUCUCUGUCACAGGGAUGUGUGUAAACCAGCGUCUGCCGCUGCAUGUCCUAAUAAAGUGUCGCUCCAGAGCCACA